GAGCGGUCCUCUGGAAUUCGAAUUUAAAAAAAAGAAGAAAAAAAAUUGUUUGUGGCCAGUGUAGUGCUAGUGCUCGGUAAUUAAAUUUGGUGUUUGAAAUUCAAAAUGGCGGGAGUACGACAUUCCAUAUUCUAUCCAUAGAUAACACUAUACAUGUAGAUAAUUAAUUGUCAUUAUAUUGCUAUUGUAUUGUGGUGAUUUAAUUGAAAUCAAUGGCUUUAAUGGGACUGUGGAAUUCUCUCGUUGGUACCAACGAAAAGGAAUAUAACUGGAACGAAGUAGCCACAUUGUAUUUAGACACACACAAGAAAUAUUUCUCCGUGUCUGAGAUCGAUCAAGAAGCAGUGCCUAUCGUGUUCUCUGAGUCGCAUAAAAUUGGGUUCAACAAAACCGGCCUGGGAUAUACUCCGAUUAAUUUCCUCACCAUUUACCAUAUUGACAGUAGAAGAGCGGAAGUCAAGAUGCCUAGCGGUAACAUCGACCAGCCCACGAUAGAGGACAACAGGGAUGGCACCGUCAGCAUCAAGUACGAGCCGCGGGAGGAGGGUGUCCAUGAGCUCUAUGUGAAGUACAAUGGGGAGCAUGUGCAAGGUUCCCCCUACAAGUUCCACGUGGACUCGAUCUCCUCAGGGUACGUGACUGCAUACGGACCAGGUCUGAUCAGCGGUGUGAGCGGGGAGCCGAGCCAGUUCACCAUCAGCACCAAGGGAGCGGGGGCUGGGGGUCUGUCCCUGGCUGUGGAAGGGCCCAGUAAAGCUGAGAUCACUUGCCACGACAACAAAGAUGGUACAGUGUCUGUGUCGUUCCUCCCGACUGCGCCCGGCGAGUACAAGGUGUCUGUUCGAUUCGGGGACAAGCAUAUCAAGGGAUCGCCGUUUAUGGCUAAGGUGACAGGCGAAGGUCGUAAGAGGAACCAGAUCUCCGUGGGCAGCUGCAGCGAAGUCACUUUGCCUGGAAAGAUCACUGACAAUGAUAUUAGGAGCCUUAACGCUUCUAUCCAGGCACCAUCAGGCCUCGAAGAGCCCUGUUUCCUGAAACAACUGCCAUCAGGCAACAUUGGCAUCAGCUUCACCCCCCGGGAGGCAGGUCAGCACAUCGUCUCCGUCAAGAAGAUGGGGGUCCACAUCCAGAACUCGCCUUUCACCAUCACUGUGAUGGAACAGGAAGUUGGGGAUGCUAAGAAAGUCAAGGUAUCUGGCAGUGCCCUGAAGGAGGGUAAGACCCAGGGGGAGAACACGUUCACGGUGGACACCAGGAACGCGGGGUAUGGAGGUCUUUCCUUGUCUAUUGAAGGUCCCAGCAAAGCUGAGAUUCAGUGCGCGGACAGCAAAGAUGGCGUGCUGGCUAUCAGCUACAAGCCGACUGAACCUGGCUACUACAUCGUGAAUCUCAAGUUCGCUGACCAUCAUGUUGAAGGGUCACCUUUUACUGUUAAGGUGACAGGCGAAGGCAGUAACCGCCAACGCGAAAAGAUCCAACGACAACGCGACCCCGCGCCGCUCACUGAAGUCGGCACUAACUGCAAACUUACAUUUAAAAUGCCUGGAAUCACCUCGUUCGACCUGGCAGCCACGGUCACCAGCCCGGGGGGUGUCUCCGAAGAUGCGGAGAUCCAGGAGGUGGAAGAUGGUCUGUACUCCGUGCACUUCGUCCCCAAGGAACUGGGGGUCCAUACGGUCUCUGUGAAAUACAGGGAAAUUCAUAUUCCUGGAUCCCCCUUCCAAUUCACCGUUGGGCCUCUCCGGGACUCCGGGGCCCAUUUAGUGAAGGCUGGAGGCACCGGCCUCGAGCGGGGCGAAGCCGGGCGCUUCAACGAGUUCAACGUGUGGACCAGAGAGGCUGGGGCCGGACAACUGGCCAUCUCGCUUGAGGGGCCGAGCAAAGCAGAGAUUGACUUUAAGGACAGGAAGGAUGGAUCUUGCGACGUUUCGUACAAGGUUGAUGAGCCUGGUGAAUACCGUAUCGGCUUGAAGUUCAACGAGCAGCACAUACCAGACUCUCCCUUCAAGGUGUACAUCAGCCCAGCGGUGGGAGACGCUCAUCUGCUUGAGGUCGCGCAGUUCCCGGACUCUGCGCAAGUGGACAAACCAACACAAUUCUAUAUCAGGCUCAAUGGUGCUAAGGGACAGCUUAGUGGAACUGUUGUAUCCCCAACAGGCAAGACAGACGACUGCUUCAUCCAGAACAUAGAUGGAGACCAGUAUUCCAUCAGGUUCAUGCCACGAGAGAAUGGCGUCCACAACAUCAAUGUUAAGUUCAACGGAGUGCAUAUACCCGCGUCGCCGCUGAGGAUCAAGGUCGGUAAGGAUGAUGCUGAUCCAGCUGCUGUGCACGCGCAUGGAGCUGGUCUGGGAACUGUUAAGACAGGCGCCAAAACGGACCUAAUAAUCGACACAUGUAACGCCGGAGCGGGAAUCCUCGCGGUGACAAUGGACGGCCCCUCACGAGUGGCCAUGGACUGUACUGAGGUUGAGGAGGGAUAUAAGGUGCGAUACACGCCUCUGGCCCCCGGCUUCUAUUACAUGAGCAUCAAGUACAACGGUCACCACAUUGUCGGCUCACCAUUCAAGAUUGAGGCCGCAGGAGAGAACCUGGCAGAAAUCGGAGCGCAAGAAACCAGCUCAGUGACAGUGGAAACAGUACAAAAGGUAUCGAAAGCUGCGCAGAAGCAAGGGCCGGUACUUCCCCACUUCAAGUCGGACGCCUCGAAGGUCACGAGCAAGGGCAUGGGCCUGAAGAAGGCGUAUCUGAACAAGCACAACCAGUUCACUGUACAUGCUGGGGAUGCGGGUAACAACAUCCUCUACGUCGGUAUCUACGGACCCAAAGGUCCCUGUGACGAGGUCCAACUGAAACACAAAGGUAAAAACAACUACGAGUGUUGGUACGUAGUGCGCGACCGGGGGGAGUACAUUGUGAUCGUCAAGUGGGGGGAGGAACACAUCCCCGGAUCGCCUUAUAAGGUCGAGGUCUAGAUCAUCUAGAUCAAAAUGUAGAUUUACUUCGAUUUUGUCAGAUUUUACUUUUUGUUUUUUGUUAGUGUCUGAUGUUUUGGAGCUUGUUGGUAUUAUCGAUUCUAUGACGUUAAAAUCGUUGUGUUGAUCAAUUUUGGCAAUGAAUUGAGAUAUUGUUAAAGGGAAAUCUAAAUUUUAGUUUGUGUGGUUUCUAUUAUCCUAAGUGGCAUUUUUUCUGUAUCCUUAAAAUACUUUAAUUCUCAUUGAAUUUUGAUUAUAUUAUAAAAGAAGAAUUAGCGUGUAGUGUUUCGGAAUUGUAACUUGCAUUUCUGAUAAAUAUUGGUUUUUAAGGAUAAUAAUAUUAUGUAAUUGUGGUAAAUUUUUGAUAAAUAUAGUGUGUGAUAAACGAAAGUCUUUUAGUGUCUGAAGACUGUGUUUUGUUUAGCUUACAUAAUCUCUUAAUAUAUAUAAAUCUCGUGUCACAAUGUUUGUCCUCAAUGGACUCCUAAACCACUUAACGGAUUGUAAUAAAAUUCGCACACCAUGAGCAGUUCGAUCCA